CAUGCAAUACCUAUAUGAUAUGCGAGAGUCGUACACUUAUCAGAAAAGUCAAUUAGGUCUUUGACAAAUAUAAUAUUUAUAUAAAUCAUAUCAUAUGUGAUCUAGAUCGAUUGUUAACAGCAAGAAGGUCCCACUGUAAGCCUACUUUGAUAUUGUUUGCAUUCCACGGCGGCAGUGAUGUCACUGCGCACAUCUGUCGAGCUCGGUGACCCGGCGGACAUGUGUCUGAAGCGCGAGCCGCCGCUGUCGCCGCCGGCCCAGCCGCCGUUCUCUCGCUGCUCGUCGACCGGCUCUCUGACGGCCGCCGGCUCGUGCCACUCGGCGCCCGCCUCUGAUGAUGAGGACAGCGACAGUCGCGCGCACACCCAGACAUACAAGGAGAGGCGCCGAGAGGCGCACACCUUCGCCGAGCAGAAGCGGCGCGACGCCAUCAAGAAGGGUUACGACAUGCUACAGGAGCUGGUCCCCACAUGUCACGCGCAGGAGGGCGCCGCGGGCACGCCCUACAAGAUGAGCAAGGCCGCCGUGCUGCAGAAGUCGAUCGAGUACACGCAGUACCUGCUCCAGCAGAAGCGCCGGCAGGAGGAGGAGCUGGCCAGCCUGCGGAAGGAGGUGGUGGCGCUGCAGAUCCUCAAGGCUAACUACGACCAGGUGGUGAAGGCGCACCAGGCGCGGCCGGGCCCGCAGGACGCCCAGGUCUCGGACGAGGUCAAGUUCCAGGUGUUCCGCGCAGUCAUUGACAGCCUCUUCCAGUCGUUCGAGGCCAGUGUGUCCACCAACAGCUUCGCCGAGCUCUCCGGCUCGAUGAUCGCCUGGAUGGAGGAGGAUGUCAAACCGCAGGUGCUGCGCGACACCUGCGUCCGCGUGCUCAGACAGAUCAAGCCGAACCUCUAGCGGCCAGUGUGCCUUGGCGGUAAGCAGCAUAACGCGUGAGUACCGCUGGUGCGUCUGCUGUUGUAUUCUCAGUUUUAGUGGGAGGCUGUUUGAAUCAUGGAUAAGCCAUGCGAGUGGGUAGUUAGCUGUGGUAUAUCGUGUGCACCAUGAUACGGGUGCGAGCAGAGGUGCUGCCCUCGGCCCGGGAGGCCGGGCACCGCAGCGCCCUCUGCCCUUCCUUCACGAACCCGGUACGUGCCAGGAAAUGUUAUCGCACUCGUGUGUGCGGCACCUGUUUCAGCCGUCGAUGAUUUAAAUGUGGUCUGAGGCACCGCUCAAUGUAGCACCUGUGUGAGCUCCAUACACUAAGCAGUAAGGUUUGUGCGGUAGGCUAUAAAAGCAGCUCAGGUUUGUGCAAUAGAUCACUGCCUCCCUCUCUGUAAAAGUGCAUAUACGAAGCUCGCUCAUCCUGCAGUCCACAAGGUUAGCAAUGACCAAAGUGGAUGAAGUCAGUGUAAACAGGACUUUACUGUCCCAAAUGUUUUAAAUUUCCAAAGCACCGAAUUUCUAACGUGCGUAAUAAGUUUUUACGUUCACCCGGAAUUAAACGAAACCCGUUAUACAUAGGACAUCAGACGAGCUUUGGCUCAGCUUUUCAAGACGCUACAGCUCGUAUGUUUAGAUAAUCAAGUUAACAUUAUGACCUGUCUGAGGAAUAGAGGCUAUUUUUGAUCUUAUGCAGGGUCCCAGAGAUCGCACAUAACUAAUUAGAAGUGUACGCUUUAGUCAGUGACGAAAAGUAGCUGCAAAGUAUGACUGUUGAGUAACAAUCACAGCUUUUCGAUUGUGGGUUUGUGUACCUGAACAAUGGGUGGACACUUGUUAUCAACAAAAUUAAGUUUUUCCUUUGCUUGGCAUAGGUCAGCGAUUUUUUAUAUUGGCUGUUUUCAGCAGUGCCUACAAAUAUGGCCAUUAUGAGGUUAACAUUUCCUAAUUAUUUUCUAAAUAUAGGACUUAUGCCUUAUUUGGUAAUGAUUCGGAAUCUAUAUCGACCUUAUGUAUUACGAGCGUCCUUUUUGGCUGUUAUAACCAUGGUGGCUAUGCUGUUUAUUCUCGGUCCAAUGGCCAACCAGUAGCUCAUAAAGUGCAGGAGUUGUUACCAGCUGAGGAGUGUGAGUGUAUUUGUAAUUCUGUUUGUCGAGUUUGUGCAAUGGUACAGUGUUUUGUGAGUGGUGUGUAUCAGGAAACUUCUUAUUUUCUCCUCUUUUCUCGACAAUUUCUCUGAAUGAGUUUUUUUUUAAUUACAGCACUAACGCUGCCUUAUCUCGGCUAGGUGUUGCAGAGGUGUGUUGUAUGAAUUAUUGUCCAUUAGAUGUACUGUGGUGGGUAAAAAUAUAUGGCUAUCCUCA